AUGCCUCAUUUCCACUGGAAUCAGUCCUCCAAGCCAGGGGGAGACCCUAAAGCCAAAAGAGAGGCACUAGACCUGAUGGGUUUUCAGGUUCCUACAGAUGAAGAGAAGGAGGCCACUGUCACUGCCUCCUUCUCUACUCUGAUCCCCACCACACCAAGAGAGGUGCCUGCUGCUGGGCCACUAAUUGGUCCACGGAGUCCUCAGAGAGCCUCCUCUCCCCCUGCUGCCAUGGCUCCCAAUCCAUGGAGCCAAUCCAUUGAGGGCUCCAGCAGCCAAAGAGAGGAGGAUCCAUUCCCCUGGCAUAACCUGGAAGACCAUGAGUCCUUGCUGCCAAAUGCACUGGAUGAGAAGAUGGCUGACUUGGUGCAGUUCCUGCUCCUGAAGUAUCGAAUGAGGGAGCCGACCACCAAGGCAGAAAUGCUGAGUAGCAUCAUCAAAAAUUACCGGGAGCACUUCUCUGUGAUCUUUAAUGUAGCCACUGAAUGCAUGCAGCUGGUGUUUGGCAUUGAUAUAAAGAAAGUGGACCCCUCUGGCCACUCUUAUGCCAUUACCAAUGCUUUGGAUCUCACCUAUGAUGGGAUGCUGGGUGAUGACCAGAGCAUGCCCAAGACAGGCCUCCUGAUAAUCAUUUUGUUUGUAAUCUUCAUGGAGGGCAACAGUGCCAGUGAGGAGAUUGUCUGGGAAGCUAGUGUGAUGGGGGUAUAUGCUAGGAGGGAACACUUCAUAUAUGGGGAUCCCAGGAAGCUUGUCACUGAAGAUUUAGUGCAUGAGCAGUACCUAGAAUAUCGCCAGGUGCCUGGUAGUGAUCCUGCUUGCUAUGAGUUCCUUUGGGGUCCAAGAGCCCAUGCUGAAACCAGCAAGAUGAAAGUCUUGGAGUAUUUGGCCAGAAUCAAUGGGAGUGAGCCCAGGUCCUAUCCAUCCCUGUAUGAAGAGGCUUUGAGAAAUGAAGAAAAUUGUGCCCAUGCAUGA